AUGGAACUCAUAGGAUCUUUCCCUGAUGGAGAAUGGGAUUUCUUUAGCAAAAUGUUUGCUAGUGAGGAUCAUGAACACUACUCUCAACAAUUUCUUGAUCAAAACUCUCUUCUUCUUGAUGAUGGAUUGAACAAUGAAUCACAAUCCACAUUUUGCUCCGCGGAAAUCGGUGAAAAAGAGUGUAUGUUUUAUUCUUUUGAUCAUGCUAAUAUCUCAAACUCACAUUAUAUUUCUCAAUCUCAAGAGAAUAGUUAUAGUAGCAAUUGUAGUGCUAAUGAUGAUACUAAUUACUAUUUUAGUUAUCCUAAUCAAGUUCUAGCAAAUAAUAUGAAUAGUUCCAUUUCCAUGGAUGAGAAAUUUUUUGCUUCUUUCGUCACACCCUUUAAUGAGAUUGUAAUGGAAGAGAAUGCGAAAUUGAAUGAAGAUGCUAUUGAAAGUGGUAAUCAUAUUUUGGAGAAAAAUGAUUACAUUAAUACUCAAAUAAUCGAAGAACAUGUUGGUUUUCCAAACAAGCACUAUCUCAAAAGAAAACUUGAUGUCAUGGAAGUUGAAGUUUCUCGCGAAGAAAAAGUUAACAAAUCAGAGAAUCCAAAGAAAAAAUCUCGUGUCUCAAAAGAUGGCAUGAAAAAUGCAAGGUCUAAGAAGAAACUUAUUGGUAGCAAUGAAGAGGAGAAUGAAGAGAUUAAUAAUAGCUCUAGUAGUAACAUUUCUGAGGAUGAAAAUGGUUCUCAAGAAAAUAGUGGAGGAACUGCUCUCAACUCAAAUGGGAAAACAAGAGCUAGUAGAGGAUCAGCAACAGAUCCACAAAGUCUCUAUGCAAGGAAAAGAAGAGAGAGAAUAAAUGAGAGACUAAGAAUUCUACAGAAUCUUGUACCAAAUGGAACAAAGGUUGAUAUAAGUACAAUGCUUGAAGAAGCAGUUAAUUAUGUGAAAUUUUUGCAAGUUCAAAUCAAGCUUUUGAGUUCUGAUGAUAUGUGGAUGUAUGCACCACUGGCUUAUAAUGGACUUGACAUUGGACUCAAUCUCAAUCUCAACGGUUCUUCACUACUAUGA